AUUGUCGCUCAUUGCUGUCAUUGCCGUGAAAAUGGUCGUCCUCAGCAGAGUUUUCGGUAGCAAAAUUAACGCUGCAAACGCCUUUUCGAGGCUUUUCAGCAACAAACAAGCCUUGAAAAAUGGCUUGCAACAAAUUCGCGAAAUGUCCGGGCAUCACCAUCACAUGGAAAUCAAGCCCAGUCGUUUCCAAUGGGACAAAUUCAAGGAUAUGUGUCAUUACUACUUCAUGGUAGGUGCAAUUCCCGUCGGCGCCAUCAUUUUCUACACAAACGUCUUUAUUGGGCCCGCUACAUUGACGGAAAUUCCUCCAGACUACGAACCAAAGCAUUGGGAAUACCAUCGUCAUCCCAUUUCGCGUUUCUUGGCCCGCUACCUUUACUCGUCGCCGCAACAGGAAUACGAGAAAAUGUGUCAUGCCAUCUUCGAGGAAGACGAAAAGAUGCAAAUGCGCAAGUUGGAGCAGCAAGUCAAGGAAAAAAUGAAGGAAUAUCAAGAUUAUGAAGCUUAUUACUACAGACCUGUGACUGCCAAGUACCUCAGAUUCCAGAAGAAGGUUACGGAGAACCAAGAAAAGAAUAUGCUUGGAGACUAAAGGGCGCCCCCGUUGUUGUAUAUUACGAUAUAGUAGUUUUAUUUCAUCGCUACAUGUGAGGAUUUUUGGAUUUUUGUGAUGCAAAAGUUCGAACUGCAAUAAAAAAUCAGAAAAAAUUGUUGAUUUA